UUGGCUGAGUGCAGGUAUUAAAUGAAUCGGGAGGCGACAUUGAAGUCGUCCUGUUAUUAAUUAUUGAUUUAGUUAUUAAGCAACAAUGUCUUCGGCUGAGCAUCUGAGAGAGUUUGUCAACGAGCGGCUAACUGCUGCUGCUGAAGAAAUAUUCACAGUUUUUAAAAAGACGAUCGUGGAGUUUGAGGAAGAGAUCAACCGUCAGCGCAAACUGCUGGAUGUCGUUUGGAAACCCGAAAUUAAAUUGCACAGGAUAGAGCUCCCACAGCAACAUGUCUGUAAGGAGGAAGAGGAGGAGGUUGUGGCUGAGCAGCAGCUCUGUAACCCAGACAGGAACUCCAGUCCAGACCUAGAGGACCCAGAACCUCUACAGAUGAAAGAGGAACAGGAGGAAGUCUGCAGCAGUCAGGAGGGAGAGCAGCUUGUACUGAAGCAGGAGACCGAUACCUUCAUGUUGACCCCUACUUGUGAGGAAAGUGACCACCAGCUCAUGUCCCACACCUGUCAUGGAGCUGAGAGCCAAGAUCAGAAAGGAGGCAGCCAUGAAGAUUCAGGAUCAGCGAGAAAUGCAGAGCCAAAAGCAAAGAAAAGAAAUCAGAAAAGUGAACAUGGUGGUAACAAUAUACACAACCCUAACUUGUCAGAGAUUGACAGUGAUACUCAGAGAGUUGAAAAGUGUUUCACGUGUGACACAUGUGGGAAAGCUUUUAAAUAUAAGUCCCGAUUAGAUGUACAUUUGAGAAGACACACAGGUGAGAAGCCGCAUGUGUGCAACACCUGUGGGAAAACAUUCCUUUGGACAUAUCUAUUGAAUGCUCAUAUAAGAAUCCAUACAGGUGAGAAGCCAUAUUUGUGUAACACCUGUGGGAAAAGAUUCAAGCUAAUGUCAGCAUUGAAAACUCAUGUAAGGAUCCAUACAGGUGAGAAGCCUUAUUUGUGCAACACCUGUGGGAAAAGAUUCAAGGAUAUGUCAGCAUUUAAAAAUCAUUUAAGGGUCCAUACAGGUGAGAAACCAUAUUUGUGUAUCACCUGUGGGAAAAGAUUCAAGCAAAUGUCAGCUUUGAAAGCUCAUGUAAGGAUCCAUACAGGUGAGAGGCCAUAUUUGUGCAACACCUGUGGGAAAAGAUUCAAGCAAAUGACAGCAUUUAAAACUCAUUUAAGGGUCCAUACAGGUGAGAGGCCAUAUUUGUGCAACACCUGUGGGAAAAGAUUCAAGGAAAUGUCAACAUUGAAAACUCAUGUAAUGCUCCAUACAGGUGAGAGGCCAUAUUUGUGUAACACCUGUGGGGAAAAAUUCAAGCAAAUAUCAGCAUUGAAAAUUCAUGUAAGGAUCCAUACAGGUGAGAAACCAUAUUUGUGCAACACCUGUGGGAAAACAUUCUCUUGGGCAUCGGGAUUGAACGCACAUUUAAAAAGUCAUACAGGUGAGAUGCCACAUUUUGAGUGACUGAUAUCACUGUUUUAUAUUGAUAUAAGAAAUCCUUUCAAAUGUGAGCAUGCUUUUUCGCUAUUUUAUACAGUAAUGCAGUUAUGUGUUUGACCACAUUUUUACCUUUUAUACAGGAUAUUUGUUUUUUCAUGUAAAUAGUUGCUAGUUAGCAACAGCUUUGAGGAAAAUGUUCAGCAAUUGUAAUUGAAACAAAGCCUUUGUCACUUCCAUUUUCAGGUGGAUGUAGCAAUUUGAAAUGACAGUUUUGACAUCAAAAGUUGCUCAACAUACUGUAUAUGCAGUGAAAUGAUUACAUACACAGUACUGUGCACUUUUAUUUGAGUAUUGGCAAUAUACACUCACCGGCCACUUUAUUAGGUACACCUGUCCAACUGCUUGUUGGCACAAAUUUCUAAUCAGCCAAUCACAUGGCAGCAACUCAAUGCAUUUAGGCAUGUAGACAUGGUUAAGACGAUCUGCUGCAGUUCAAACAGAGCAUCAGAAUGGGGAAGAAAGGUAAUUUAAGUGACUUUGAACGUGGCAUGGUUGUUGGUGCCAGACAGGCUGGUCUACUGGGAUCUUCACGCAAAACCAUCUGUAAGGUUGACAGAGAAUGGUCCGAAAAAGAGAAAAUAUCUAGUGAGCGGCAGUUCUGUGGGCGAAAAUGCCCUGUUGAUGCCAAAGGAGAAUGGCCAGACUGGUUUGAGCCGAUAGAAAGGCAACAGUAACUAAAAUAACCACUUGUUACAACCGAGGUAUGCAGAAGAGCAUCUCUGAACGCACAACAUGACGAACCUUGAGGCAAAUGGGUUAAUGAGACAGAAGACCACACCGCAUGCCACUCCUGUCAGCUAAUGACAGGAAACUGAGGCUACCAUUCGCACAGGCUCACUAAAAUUGGACAAUAGAAGGUUGGAAAAACGUUGGCUGGUCUGAUGAGUCUCGAUUUCUGCUGCGACAUUCAGAUGGUAGGGUCAGAAUUUGGCGUCAACAACAUGAAAGCAUGGAUCCAUCCUGCCUUGUAUUAACGUUUCAGGUUGCUGCUGGUGGUGUAAUGGUGUGGGGGAUAUUUUCUUGGCACACUUUGGGCCCCUUCGUACCAAUUGAGCAUCGUUUCAAUGCCACAGCCCACCUGAGUACUGUUGCUGACCAUGUCCACCCCUUU